CCCGGGCCCGGCGCGCGGCGGGGCAGGACUUCCGGGGUGGAGCCGCCUGUUAAGCGGCGGGGCUGCGGGACCGGCCCGAACUUUCCAGAAGAGUCGGGAUCGGAGCAGCGCGGACUGGGAUCUGCGCCCGCCGCCCCGGGGGCCUGCUGCCGCCAUGGUGAAGGAGACCACCUACUACGAUGUGCUGGGCGUGAAGCCCAACGCGUCGGCCGAGGAGCUGAAGAAGGCCUACCGCAAGCUCGCGCUGAAGUACCACCCGGACAAGAACCCCAAUGAGGGCGAGAAGUUCAAGCAGAUCUCGCAGGCUUACGAAGUGCUGUCGGACCCGAAGAAGAGGGAGCUGUACGACAAAGGAGGCGAGCAAGCUAUCAAGGAGGGCGGCUCCGGCGGCGGCUUCGGGUCACCCAUGGACAUAUUCGAUUUGUUCUUCAGCGGAGGGAGGAUGCAGAGGGGGGAGAGGCGAGGUAAAAACGUGGUCCACCAGUUGUCAGUAAGUUUAGAAGAUAUGUACAAUGGUGCGAUGAGGAAACUUGCACUGCAGAAAAACGUUAUCUGUGACAAGUGUGAAGGUCGUGGUGGUAAGAAAGGUGCAGUAGAAUGCUGCCCCAAUUGCAGGGGAACAGGCAUGCAGAUCAGAAUUCACCAGAUUGGGCCAGGAAUGGUGCAGCAGAUCCAGUCUGUGUGUAUGGAGUGUCAGGGGCAUGGGGAGCGUAUCAGCCCCAAGGACCGGUGUAAGAGCUGCAACGGCAGAAAAAUUGUUCGAGAGAAGAAGAUCCUGGAAGUUCACAUUGACAAAGGAAUGAAGGAUGGUCAGAAAAUAACAUUCCAUGGUGAAGGGGAUCAAGAGCCAGGUCUGGAGCCGGGGGAUAUUAUUAUUGUCUUGGAUCAGAAAGAUCACUCUGUAUUUACAAGACGAGAUGAAGAUCUACUUCUGUCUAUGGAUAUUCAGCUGGUUGAAGCACUAUGUGGCUUUCAAAAGCCCAUCACAACGCUGGAUAACAGAACUAUUAUUAUUACCUCCCGUCCUGGCCAGGUUGUUGAGCAUGGGGCUAUUAAGUGUGUGUUGAAUGAAGGUAUGCCAAUUUAUCGCAGACCAUAUGAAAAAGGACGUCUGAUCAUAGAAUUCAGGGUGAUCUUCCCAGAGAGUGGCUUCCUCUCCUCAGAUAAGCUGUCCUUACUCGAAAAACUGCUACCUACAAGGCAGGAGAUAGAAGAAACUGAGGAAAUGGAACAGGUGGAAUUAGUGGACUUCGAUCCAUCUCAAAAGCGAAAACACCACUACAAUGGGGAAGUGUAUGAAGAUGAUGAGCAUCAGCCUAGAGGUGGUGUUCAGUGCCAGACAUCAUAAAUGGGCCAGUGAAUAACUUGUGAUGCUUGUUUUGUAUGCAGUAGUGGAUGAGUGAAGGACUACAAGCAGUUUGCCCUCACCUGCUAUUUGUUGUUUUAUCCAGCCAUAGUCAUUUCUAAAAGCAUAAAGAAAUAAACUAAGUAAUUAAACUGACUUUGCGAUUUGUAUAAAGCUCCAGGAUGCAAGCUGAAAUGAAGUUGACUGCACUUCACCCCUGCCUCUUGGUCCAGAAAACUCCCUUACCUGCUUGUCUUUUAUUCCAAACCUUGUAAUUCCUGUAUGUGUGCAAUUGCCCAGGCUUAAACUAAGAUUCUGUGAUGUGCUUUUUAGGAAUUCUAGAUCUUAAACUCUGUGAAUAAAGUAUGCACAAGUAAUUAUAA